AUGGCAACUUUCUUUGGAUCCCCACAGUUUCUAUCUCUUUCAAAAACAAGAAAUAAUUACUUCUCUUCAUCAUCACAAACCCCUCCUCCACAGCCACCAUCAUAUCAGCCUCCGCAGCCACCAGCUACACCCCCAAACACUCAACAGCUCAGUUCAAAUGCAGCAGAGCCAGCUAAAGUGCAACAGCAGAUGCCUGUAACCAAGAAAAGUGUGGAGUCCACUGAUUGGAUAUCUUCCACCUUAACCAGAAGAUUUGGAAUUGGUGCUGGUCUAGCUUGGGUUGGUUUUCUCGCUGUUGGCGUUCUUUCGGAACAAAUUAAGACUCGUUUUGAAGUUUCACAACAAGAAGCAAACACAAGAGAUGUUGAGAAGGAAGAAGAGGUAGUUUUGCCUAAUGGCAUAAGGUACUAUGAUUUGAGAAUAGGCGGUGGAGCGUCUCCCCGACCAGGCGAUUUGGUGGUGAUAGAUUUAAAGGGUAGUGUCCAAGGCAGUGGACAAGUGUUUGUUGAUACAUAUGGGAGUGAAAAGAAGAAGCCAUUGGCACUUGUAAUGGGAUCAAGGCCUUAUAAUAGAGGAAUAUGUGAAGGCAUAGAAUAUGUUUUGAAGACAAUGAAGGCUGGUGGAAAAAGAAAAGUUAUAAUUCCACCCAAUUUGGGUUUUGGGGAGGAAGGUGCAGAUUUAGGGUCAGGAGUGCAAAUUCCUCCAUUUGCCACUCUUGAAUAUGUGAUUGAGGUUGAAAGAGUUUCUAUAGCUCCUGCAUGA